AUGAAGUCAAUGGACGAACAUGACAUCAGCUACCACAUGGUAGUUGAGCUCCUAGCCCAUCAGUUUGCAUAUCCCGUGAAAUGGACCGACACGCAGGCAACCUUGUUCGACGACCAGGUCGUGGAGAGGCUGAUCGAGAUCGGACCGGCCAACACACUCUCCACGAUGGCCAAAAGGACUCUGGCCACCAACCGUUACAAGGACUACGACGCCGCCAUGUCUAUCAACAGGAAAAUCCUGUCCUGCAAGUCGGACAGCAACGACAUCUACCACCACGCGGACCCCACGCCCCCUGAUUCCCCAGAGAUGGCGGCAAAGACCCUGGCGAAACCGGCCGUGUUGGAGACGAACAGCGCGCCUGUGCCCGUCCCUCCUCCUGUUGCUGCUCCGCAGCCUACUUCAGAGAGGAUAGAAGAUCGUCCGAUCACCGCACGACAGAUACUAGAGUUUCUCAUUCUUCACAAACUCAAUAAGUCAGCUUCCAGUCUCCCCGGUUCAAGUACGAUCAAGGAACUAGUCAAAGGUCGAUCCACACUGGAGAAUGAAAUUGUAGGUGACUUGUUUGCCGAAUUUCAGAACGUGCCCGAUCGCGCAGAAGAGAUGCCGCUGGAGCAGCUCGCGGCGGGCAUACAAGCUGCGGCCUUUUCAGGACAGCUCGGCAAAAAGUCCAGCACUGUCGUCUCCAAAACCAUGGCGGCCAAGAUGCCCGCUGGAUUCUCGUCUCAGAAGGCGAGGGAACAUCUGGAGAAGCAAUCGGGCCUACCACAGGGUCACCAAGAUGCUGUCUUGCUUUUGGCUGUGCUGGAGGCACCCAAGGCUCGGAUAAGUGACGAGGUGUCGGCGAAGCGCUUCCUAGACGGCAUAUCCGAACAGUACGCCAAAGAAAACGGUCUGAACAUCGCCUCAUUGCCCGUACCAACCCAGCAACAAUCCACGGCGAACAACCACCCGGCCGCCAGCUUCCCAACGGAGCAGAAGAUCUUCUACCGCAACCUCUUGGACCUAUGUGCCCGGACGCUCCAGCUGGACUCGGAAGAGGACAAAGCCAGCAAGCUCCAGAGCUGCGUGGACCGGCUCCAGUCCCAGGUCGACGCGUGGAUCGCGGAGCACGGUGAGUUCUACGUCUCGGGCAUUGAGCCCAUGUUCAGCAGGGAGAAGGCCAGGACGUACGACUCCGCGUGGAAUUGGGCUCUUGUCGACCUGCUCCGGACAUACUACAAUAUCCGGACCGGGGUCCUCGGGGCGCAGGACACCACAGAACUCGCGCGCAUCACGACGAGCAUCGCGAACAAGUCCAAGCCUGGAUUGUUUGAGGUGGUCAAUUUUCUCCUCGACAGAGAACGGAGAAAAACGAGCUACAACCUAUUAGCUGUGUCGUUCCUUGAGGGGUUGUUGGAUACCUGUCUUGCGGCUUGGAGGGCACCUCCACGGUUCCUGCCGGAAUUCGCAUCGACACGACCUUCUACGGUCAUAGAGAUAGAUGGCACCAUUCGUGUUCAGGAGAUCCCCCGCGAUGUUUCGAUUUCCCCAUCGACAUACCUCGAAGAGAUGUCCCGGCCGCAGGUCACGGCUGGAGCACCUACACCCUGGCUCCACCUCAAAUCCCGCUGCGGUAGAGGAUGGAUAUACGACAGCGGCCUGACAGACAUCUUCUUCGACGAGGCACACGAGACGAUCUCCGAUGGGCUAUCCUUGGCCGACAAACAUGUUCUCCUUACCGGCGCCGGCCGUAACUCCAUCGGUUCCGAGAUACUGUGCGCUCUGUUGUCCGCCGGAGCCAAGGUCGUCGUCACAACGAGCAGCUAUUCGGCAGAGACCACGAGCUACUUCCAAGGACUUUACACCGAACACGGAAGCCGUGGUUCGAGUCUGACACUGGUCGCCUGCAACCUGGCCAGCGUACGUGAUAUCGAAUCUCUCGCCGCGUGGAUCUACGAGCCCUCGCAAUCCGGCGGUUUGGGCUGGGAUCUCGAUUACAUCCUCCCCUUUGCUGCCAUCGGCGAGGAAGGCCGCGAGAUUGACGGGAUCGACUCGAGGAGCGAACUAGCUCACAGGGUCAUGCUGACCAACACUAUCCGUCUCCUCGGCACCGUCAAGCGACAUAAACUCAAUGUCACCGGCACAGGCGGAUACCGCCCGGCGCAGGUCAUCCUCCCCCUCUCGCCCAACCACGGCACCUUUGGCGGCGACGGGCUCUACGCUGAGUCGAAAUUAGGUCUCGAGAGCCUGCUCAACAAGUGGCACUCGGAAAGCUGGUCAGACACCUUGUCGAUAUGCGGCUGUUCCAUUGGCUGGACGAGAUCGACGUCGCUCAUGGGAGGCAACGACAUCGUUGCCGAGAGCGUCGAGGCGGAUCUUGGCGUGCGCACGUUCUCGGCCCGGGAAAUGGCCUUCAACAUUGUCAUGCUUCUGACUCCAAACCUCGUCUGCUUAUGUGAAGAUGAGCCGGUCUUUGCCGACUUCAACGGGAACUUGGACUGCGUUGACGGCCUAAAAGCCUUUGUCGAUCAGGCUCGAGCCACGAUCCGGGAAAAGAGCGAGAUUGCGCGCGCUAUCCAGGCCGAGGACGACCUGGAGGCUCACGAUACCGGCACGAUGCCACAGAUAGACUCACCGCAGCCCGAAAGUGUACGAGCAUUGCUGAGCGUUGGAUUCCCCGAACUCACGGACUACGACGACACCGUCGGGGAUCUGGGCAGCCAGCUGCACGGCAUGGUCGAUCCUGACCGCGUGGUGGUCAUCACCGGCUUCGGAGAGCUGGGCCCUCACGGAAACUGCCGAACUCGCUGGGAGAUGGAAGCGUAUGGGCAGUUUUCCCUGGAGGGGUGCAUCGAAAUGGCCUGGAUCAUGGGCCUCAUCAAGCACUCCAAUACAGUCCCCGCCGGCUCUCCUGCUCCUGCUGCCGCUACUGCUGGUGUCGGCAGCCAAAAGCACUGCGGCUGGAUCGACGUCGCCUCCGGUCAGCCCGUGUCGGACAGCGAGAUCAAGUCCCGCUACGAAAAGCAUAUUCUCGAACACAGCGGCAUCCGCGUAGUCGAGCCGGCUCUCUGGGACGGGUACGAUCCGAAAGCGAAACAGAUGCUUCAAGAAGUCGCCAUUGACGAGGAUCUGUCGCCAUUUGAGGUCUCCAAGGAGGACGCCAUCGAGUUCAAGCGGCAGCACGGCGACAAGGUCGAGGUGAAGAUGCUCGAGAACGGGCAGUUCAGGGUCCGCUUGAAAAAGGGAGCUCUGCUGAUGAUCCCCAAGGCCCUCAACUUCGGGACCAACGUCGCGGGGCAGCUUCCUACGGGCUGGGAUCCGCGGCGCUACGGCAUCUCGGAGGAUAUCGUCUCGCAGGUCGAUCGCAUCACGCUGUUUGCUCUGAUUUCCACCGCCGAAGCGCUACUAGCGUCCGGCAUUACCGAUCCGUACGAGCUGUAUCAGUACCUACACGUAUCCGAGGUCGGGAAUUGCAUCGGUACGGGCAUCGGCGGCGCUACGUCGCUGAACAAGAUGCACAAGGGCAGAUUCAAAGAUUGUCCGGUGCAGCAAGAUGUGCUACAAGAGACUUUCGCCAACACCGUCACGGCAUGGGUGAACAUGCUGCUCCUAUCGUCCACGGGCCCCAUACGAACGCCAGUCGGAGCAUGCGCAACCGGUUUAGAGUCUCUCGAUACAGCCUUUGACCUGAUCGUCACGGGAAAAGCAAAAGCGUGCCUAGUCGGCGCGUCAGACGAUAUGGAAGAGGACGAAGUCUACGAGUUUGCCAACAUGAAAGCCACCAACGACUCCACAGCGGACGGGGCACGAGGCCGGACGCCCAAGGAGAUGUCGAGACCGACGGCGUCGACGCGCAGUGGCUUCGUCGAGUCGCAGGGUGCCGGCAUACAAGUUGUCAUGUCCGCGAGCCUGGCGAUAGAGAUGGGCGUCCCGAUCUACGCCAUCGUCGCCUUCACCGGCAUGGCCAGCGACAAGGCCGCGCGGUCGGUCCCAGCGCCCGGAAAGGGCGUUCUCAGCAAUGCACGAGAGGUGCAUCCGCCGGUUCCGGGACAAUCCGCGUCUUCAUUGUCGCUCUCUGUCCGGAAGAAUCUGCUGGACCAUCGUCUUGCCCAGAUCGCGGCGUUUCGCGACAAGCAGCUUGCCAUUGGAGAAGCGGCGGAAGACCGGCUCGAUCCGGCCGUCGUCGAACACCACGUCCGGCGCAUGGAAUCGGACGCCCGGUUCAGUCUCGGUAACGGAUUCUGGAACAACUCGACAUCCAUUGCCCCGAUUCGCGGCUCUCUAGCUGUGUGGGGUCUCGAUGUGGAUGACAUCGCCGUGGUCUCGUUCCACGGCACGUCCACAAAGAUGAACGACCGGAACGAAAUGGACAUUAUCCAGCGCCAGCUCCAACACCUCGGCCGAACGCCGGGCAACGUCCUUUUAGGCGUAUUCCAGAAGCACCUGACAGGCCACCCCAAAGGGCCGGCAUCAUCGUGGAUGCUCAACGGAUGCCUCCAGGUCCUGGGCACUGGGCUCAUCCCGGGCAACACCAACGCCGACAAUGUGGAUCACGAGCUAAGCCAGUUCAACUUUGUGACGAUCCCGAAUCGGAGCGUGCAGACUGACGACAUUGCCGCCUUUGCGCUCAUGUCUUUUGGCUUCGGCCAGAAGGGCGCGCAGGCGAUUGGCGUGCAUCCUCGGUACUUGUUUGCGACCAUGGGCCGGGAAGCGUACGAGGACUACCGGGCGAGGGCAAAGAUGCGGCACUUGAAGGCGGAGCAGCGGCUGGAGACGGGGAUGAUGCGCGAGAACGUGGUUAUCCUGAAGGAAGAGCCGCCAUUCAAGGAUGGGGAAGAUGGAUAUCGCAUCCUCAUGAAUCCGGGAGCCCGUGCAGUAUGGUCUGAUGAUUUGAAGUCGUACACGUUUCUUUGA